UCUCCGACUUUCAGCCCCUGCGCACCGCCGGACCUUGCCAUGCACAGCGAGUCCUACUUGCCGGCCAAGCCUUCGCGCUUGCCGCGGAACACGGUGCAGACCGUGGUCGCGCCCAUGGCAGCGCGAACCGAGCCGGCGCCCUUCACACCCCGCGCGGAGGCGCUGCCGCCACGGGUUUGGGCAGCGCCAUUGCGGAGCUCAUCGGUGCCCAGAGUCAGUUCGCAAGGCCAGAUGCCUUGCGCCCUUCCUCACGCUGGGCCGAUGCUCUCGAGGGUCAAUCUGGACGAGGUGCCAGCCUCGGCCUCUGGCUACACUACUCCGGUGUAUGUGACCAGUGGGCACACCACACCUCGACCCGUCGCGGUGCCCUACGUUCACCGCACCACUGCACGGCCUCAGUUCGUGCGCCUGGACGACCCGGGCUCCGGUGGAACCGCUCCGCGGGGACCGCCGUGGGGACCGGGAGCGACGUGCUCGUCGCUGGACGCGGCGGCGGCGAUCGCCCGACUGCAGAAGGCAUUGGCAGAUCAGCGGGAUGAGCACGAGGCCAAGUUGGCCGCGCUCCAGGCGCGCUGGGAGGAGCGCUUCACCGAGGCCAUUGACUUUUGGCAACAGGCAUGGUCGACCACCACAGCAGUCGUGAAGGAUUGCAACACUCACUGCGUGAAACUCAGUGAAGUCCUAGAGGCUUCCUUGGAUCAACUUGGACAGAGCAGCGUGGAGGUUGCCAAGCUGCAGAGUCGCGUGCAGUUGCUCGAGGAAGCCGCUCAUUUGCCCAAAGCGCCAGAAGCAGAGCUCCCACUGGAGAUGGCGCAAGAACGGUCGCCGCGGUCACCGCGCAAGUCGCCCAGCGCCACCUGCAGCGGCACCAGUGAAAGCUUCAAAAAACUCUCAGAUGAAUUGGCUCAGUUUGCCAACUUUGUCUCAGAACAGUCAAUGCGUAUGCGGUCUGAUUGCAAGCAAGAGUCGCCGAAGUCGGGUGAUGUCCAAAGAGACGACCUCGCCCCGGAGGCUUCGCCGCGGACCGCGGCGGGAGCUCUGCCCAGCGUGGACGCCACGGCGCUGGACGUCGGGAGCAUGUCGGAGCUGGGCGUCGCCGGAGGGCGGUAGCUGACCCGGUCGCCGGCGCCGGCGCUUCACCCGGCGCGAGCAGCUCUCACAUCCGCGCAAGGGAGCGAGGGUUCGGUGACGGCAGAGGUACAACUGGAGGAAUCCUGGAGGACGCGACCAGGCUCCAGUGUAGUGAUGAUCGGACAAUGGAUGUGGCCAGUCAGUUUAGCACAGCUCAGAGUUCCGGCAGCAAUCGUUUUUCUUGCCUGUUUCAUUUGUUUCCUUAUAGAUCCUUGGGGUCUGGCGAUCUCUGUGGCCUGGGCCCAAAGCUCAACCUGCUAAACCUUGCAUGGCGUGUACAACAGAGUAUCCUG